UGGACCUGGCCCUGGCCCAGAGCUGCAGGGGCCUCACCUUGACCAAGGUCAAGAUCAUGUCCACGCUGGGCAGCUUGCAGAGGUAUUACCAGGGCACCCUCCUCCUCCUCCUGGCUCUGACUGUCUUCUUGCUGACCCACUUCCUGAACGUGGACAUCAAGCUGCUCACCCCGGGCCAGGGUGAGGAGCUGCCGGUCACCAACGUCAUGUUCCUCAAGACACACAAGACGGCUAGCAGCACCGUGCUAAACAUCCUCUACCGCUUCACCGAGACCCACAACCUGUUCGCAGCACUACCCGUUGGCCAGAGCUUCCACCUGGGCUACCCCUGGCUCUUCCUGGCACGCUAUGUGGAGGGCAUGAGUGAGAAUAGCCCAGGUCCUGCCCCGCAUUUCAACAUCAUGUGCAAUCACCUGCGGUUCAACCUGCCUGAGGUGCAGAAAGUCAUGCCCAAAGACACCUUCUACUUCUCCAUUCUCCGUAACCCCGUCUUCCAACUGGAGUCGUCUUUCACCUACUACAAAAGGUAUGUGCCUGCCUUCCGCUACGCGGCGAGCCUGGACGCCUUCCUGGCCUCCCCGUGGCGCUACUACAACGCCAGCGCUGGGCUGCUCAACGCCUACGCCCGAAACAACAUGUGGUUUGACUUUGGCUUUGACCACCAAGCACCAGAGGACGAGAGUUAUGUGCGCGCGCGCCUGGCUGACGUGGAGCGGCGCUUCCAGCUGGUGCUCAUCGCAGAGCACUUCGACGAGUCCAUGGUGCUGCUGCGGCGGCGGCUCCGCUGGCGGCUGGACGACGUGAUCACCUUUAGGCUCAACGCACGCAGCCCACACUCCAUUACCAGCUUGGCGCGGGAGAGUCAGGAGCGCGCCAAGCGCUGGUGCGCGCUGGACUGGCGCCUCUAUCAGCACUUCAACCGCAGCUUCUGGACCCAGCUGCAUGCGGAGCUGGGCCCGCGGCAGCUACGCACGGAGGUGGCGCUGCUGCGGGCACGGCGACGAGAGCUCACCGCCCUGUGCCUGGAGGACGCGGCGCCCAAGAACAAGAGUCAGAUCCGCGAUCCGCGCCUGCGCCCCUACCAGCCGGGGGCGGCUGACAUCCUGGGCUACAACCUCAGGCAGGACCUAGAAAACGCCACGCUGCGCCUGUGUCAGCGCAUGGUGAUGCCGGAGAUCCAGUACACCGCCCACCUGUAUGCCCUGCAGUUUCCGGAGAAGCCCCCCAAGAACACGCAGUUCUUGGAGAAGUAGAGGAGCUGGUGCUGGGGAGGAGGCUCCACAGACACCAGUCCUCUCAGCACAUUAACGGGAGGCCUUGGCUCAAGCAGAGCCUGCUCUAAAGUUAAAAGAGUGAGGCCCCCAAGGAAGACACCUGCCUGUGACUUGCCUGUCUGUGAGAGGACCCUGAAUGUGGGUGGCAGGCUGCCUGGUCAGCGGCUGUGCAUAAUGUUCAUAAAGUUGAAUGUCUCACAAGUAAGAGAGUGAAUGAUAAUUACUCAGGGUCGUCAGGCUGCCAACAGAGGACCUGAGCCCGGGGAAUCCUUCUAGGGUCUUGGGCAGUGGGGCUGUGGAUCCUUGAAGGAAUUCGGAACAUUCCCCGUGAAUUUUAAGCCUAGGGGACAUGGCACUGGUGGCAGAGAUGGGUCCAGGCUCUGGGGUGUUUGGAGCAGCUCCCUUUCUUUGGGUAGAUGAGGUUUAUUUUGUACUGAAGAACAGUUUAGAGUGAGAGAUGUCAGAAUUGCCCAAGAGACACGUGGUCCAGCCUGAGCACAGGAUUCAGGUCGGCUCCAAAUCUCCCUUCAUGCCUAGUGAGGGAGAAAACCCAUGACUUGCCGAAGGAGCUCAGAAGGGCCUGGUGUCCAACACAUUCUUGGAGAUCACAUUGGAUGUGGGAUAAGAAGGCAACUUCUGGGCACUCCCUUUGUCAUUCAUGGGGAGGGACUGAGGCCCCUGCCUGGCAGGACAUGGCUGCCUAGGGGCCUGUCCAGUAGAGUGGGCUGUGGGCCCCAGCCUGGGCCCUUCGUCUAUGGCCUGGCCUGCAGCCGUGAAGACCCUGGUUAGGUGUCCAUGUCUAGGUAUGUCCAAGCUUUUCAGGAGUCAGCAUUUCAAAGAAGGCAGAGGACCCCAAAUAAUCAGAACAGGCAGCUCUUGUGGACACCCACAAAAUGGAAGGAACUUUGAGUUGGAUUUUCAGUGAGAUUAGAGGACAAUACUGCACUGAAUUUGGGAAUAUUGAAAUUGGACUUCUGAAACCUGCACAGGGACAGGGAAGAAGAGCGUGAGCAUCGCUGAGUGUCAGUGGUGGGGCUCCCAGAAGGCAAAAGAGAUGACAGGUAAAAAACUAGGUCAAAUGGCAAAGAGAACAGUCCUCCCUCAUCAGCUCACCUAGGCCAGCGUGAGCUCAGGGUGAGAAGACCCUGCUCUUCUGAACACAAAUCAGGUUGUGUGGGGAAGAAGGGAGAGUUGGACCACAGUGACCAUAGUCAUGAUGUCUGCAGCCCUGGCAUGGAUCUUGCUCUCAGCUGCACUGUAAUCUAAGA